GAAGAAAAGUCUGUCUGUGUAUUUUUCAACAAUUUUAAUAAUAACCAGUGAUUAUUAUUCUAUAUAUUAUAAACGGAUUUAGAUUUUAGUAAUAUAAACAUUAAGAUUUAAAAUACAGCUUACAAAUUUUGUUAAGAUGGUUGUUAGGCAAUACAACGAAGAGUUAAAAUACUUAGAAAAGAUUAAUCCUCAUUGUUGGAAAAUCAAGAAAGGUUUCCAACCAAACAUGAACGUAGAAGGCGUAUUUUAUGUGAAUAACACUUUAGAAAAGCUAAUGCUUGACGAGUUGAAAAACUCCUGUCGUCCAGGCAUGGCAGGGGGUUUUCUUCCUGGAGUGAAGCAAAUAGCCAAUGUUGCGGCAUUACCUGGAAUCGUCGGUCGGUCCAUCGGUCUCCCUGAUAUACAUUCGGGAUAUGGAUUUGCUAUAGGUAAUAUGGCAGCAUUUGAUAUGUCUGAUAACAAAUCUAUUGUUUCGCCUGGAGGGGUGGGUUUUGAUAUUAAUUGUGGUGUCAGAUUGUUGAGGACAAACUUAUAUGAAAAAGAUAUUCAACCAGUGAAGGAACAAUUAGCUCAAAGUUUAUUUGAUCAUAUUCCUGUCGGAGUAGGCUCCAAGGGCAUAAUACCAAUGAAUGCUCGCGAUUUGGAGGAAGCUUUGGAAAUGGGCAUGGACUGGUCCCUGCGUGAAGGUUAUGUUUGGGCCGAGGACAAAGAGCAUUGUGAAGAAUAUGGACGCAUGUUGAAUGCAGAUCCUUCUAAAGUUAGUUUAAGAGCUAAGAAGAGAGGUCUCCCACAGCUGGGGACACUAGGGGCAGGCAACCACUAUGCUGAGAUACAAGUUGUAGAUGAGAUCUAUGACAAAUUCGCAGCAGGGAAAAUGGGCCUGGAAAAGGUAGGCCAAGUGUGUGUAAUGAUACACUCUGGUAGCAGAGGAUUUGGACACCAGGUUGCCACCGAUGCUCUGGUGCAAAUGGAGAAAGCUAUGAAGAGGGAUCAAAUUGAUGUCAACGAUAGACAGCUAGCGUGUGCCAGAAUCAAUUCAGUUGAAGGUCAAGACUACUUGAAGGCAAUGGCUGCUGCGGCCAAUUUUGCUUGGGUGAAUCGGAGUUCAAUGACCUUCCUUACUAGACAAGCUUUUGCCAAGCAAUUCAAAAUGGCCCCUGACGAUUUGGACAUGCAUGUCAUUUAUGAUGUGUCACAUAAUAUUGCCAAGAUAGAAGAGCAUGUUGUAGAUGGGAAAGCAAAAACAUUACUAGUCCACAGGAAGGGUUCAACGAGGGCCUUCCCACCUCACCACCCUAUGAUACCAGUAGAUUACCAGCUCACUGGACAACCUGUGCUCAUUGGUGGUUCAAUGGGAACCUGCAGCUAUGUACUAACCGGUACUCACCAGGGCAUGACCGAAACUUUUGGAUCUACUUGCCAUGGGGCUGGACGCGCACUUUCUCGCGCGAAAUCAAGGCGUAAUAUUGAUUACAAAGAAGUGCUGAAUAAGCUUGAAAACAUGGGAAUUUCCAUAAGAGUCGCAUCACCUAAGUUGGUUAUGGAAGAGGCACCUGAAUCUUACAAAAACGUAACAGAUGUUGUUAAUACUUGUCAUGCGGCAGGUAUAAGUAAAAAGACUGUAAAAUUACGACCCAUAGCCGUAAUCAAAGGUUAAACUUAAGCCAUAACAAUUGUUUUUAUAUUUAUUUUUUAUUUCAUCAGCUGGUAUACUUAAUAAAUGUUUUAUG